CAGUCUUUCGCAUUCUGUAGUCAGUGUUUCGUGUUGCCGUCAAAAGAAAUAAUUCAUCUCGGUGUGCUUGUGCUUGUAUUUACAUCUUGUGUAUUUACUCUUUAUUUACUAUUGUUAUUCCCGGCUAAAAAAUCGAACAAAGCCGCCCGAUGAAUUGUGAAUUGUGAUAAUCGCGAUAAUUGUGAAUCGUGAACCCUACGAAAUGUUGGAAUCAACCUAAAGAAUGGGCUUUUCGUGGAAAAUAGCGGCCCUUUUGACGGCCCUGGUGCUGAGGGCUGACUGUAAUCCCCCAGACGAGGCCAGUUCGGGCCUGGAAACAGCAGGUGCCUCUUGCCCCCCGGACCUGUUCCGGUGCACCCUAACGGGCAAAUGCAUACCCACCGGGUGGGUGUGCGACGGCGAAAAGGACUGCGGGACGCAUCCCGAGAUGGGCGAGGAUUUAACCGACGAGGACCCCCAGCGGUGCGCCGACGACGCCCACUGUCGUUGGAACGAGGCUCUCUGCGGGGACGGUUCCCGUUGCCUUCCCAUCCGGAGCUUCUGCGACGGCCGGAGAGACUGCGAGGCGGGCAGCGACGAAUGGGACUUUUGCGGGAACGCCACCCGGAAUAAUUGCGACAGUUUGAAGUGCUCGUACGGUUGCAAGCCCACGCCGAAGGGGCCCCGUUGCUACUGCCCGCCGGGUAAGAGACCGUCGGAUAAUCAAUGCGUCGAUGCAGAUGAGUGCGAAUUGGAGACAUCCUGUUCGCAGAUAUGCAAGAACACGCAGGGCUCCUUCCAGUGCUCGUGCGUGUCGGGAUACAAAGCCGAAGGCGCCGAAUGCUCGGCUAUUAAUUUUCCACCAUCGGAGCCCCCGUCGCUUCUAUUCUCCACACAAACGGAAAUCCGUCGGGUGACUCUCGAAGGUAGACCGUUCCCCGGGAAUUCCACGCUACACCUUUUGAAUAGCAACGCCUUGGAGUCCAUCCAUCGCAACCGCAGCGUUUGCUACGUGCACCACAAUCUCACCAGGGCGUCGCUCGUCUGCGCCGACGUGGACGAUUUGAACAGGCGUCGCGGCGUCCCCGUCGAAUCCUCCCUGUUGCAAGUGGACUCCGUGCAGCAAUUCGCGUCCGAUUGGAUAUCGGAGAACUGGUACUUCUUGGACGACCAGCGGGAGAUCAUACUCGCUUGUAACGCGAACUUGAUCUGGUGCACCGUCAUCGUGGAGUUCGAUUUGAGCAAACCCAGAUCGUUGGCUUUGGAUCCCACUGCCGGUUACAUGUUCUUUACGAAAUGGGGCCAUUCGGCGCCGAUGGUGGAGCGGGUGAAUCUGGACGGUACCGAUCGAAGGGCUAUCGUAGAUCAUACGAUCGUAUAUCCGUACGGGGUGGCCGUGGAUUUCCCCACCAAGCGGGUGUAUUGGGUGGAUACUUAUUUGGAUUACGUCGAAAGGGUGGAUUAUGACGGUGGAAACAGGAGGACCGUGCUCAGGGGGACUAAAGUACAAAAUUUAUACGGGAUUACUGUAUUUCAGGACAGCGUUUUCGUGUCUUCUUGGUACAACAACAGCGUGUUAGAACUGCACAAGUUCAAGCAUCUCGUAAAAACUGUCGUUAUGAACAUUACGAGACCUUUCAAUGUUCACGUGUUCCACAGGCAACGGCAACCCGACGUUGCUCAUCCUUGCAAGCCUCCCAACGGUUGCGAUCACCUUUGCAUACCUCUUUGGAGCGGUAACGUGGCGAUAAAAAAGUGCGCCUGCGCCACCGGUUACACUCUAAUCGACAAAUCCAAAUGCGCGAUGAAAAUCCCCGAUAAUUUCCUUCUGGUAUCGAAAAGCCGACCGUUUUCCAUCAGAGGCAUCGAUCCGGACACCGGUAACGAAACUAUCGUACCACUCCUCGACAUCGGUAGACCCAAAGGGUUAGAUUUCGACGCCAAGGGCAAAGGAUUCUUCUUCUCCGACGCUCAAACUCUCACCAUAAACUACGUACAUAUCGAAAACACGACAAACAGAAGGGUUCUAUUGAAAGACACCGUUUGUGAUGGUAUAGCGUUCGAUUGGAUAUCGAACAACUUGUACUGGACGAGCCUGGAUAAAGGCAGCAUUUCGGUUACUAAAUUAACCAAUACAACCGUAACUAGAACUCUAAUAGAAAGCAGCAAUUACAGUCCAACGAAUAUAGUGGUAGAUCCACAAAACGGCGUCAUGUACUGGGCGGAUUGGUCGAGUUUAUCGCCGGAAAACGGCCGCAUAGACACCGCCAACAUGGACGGAACGAACAAACGGUCGUUUUUGAGCGAACGCGUCCAUUGGCCCAGCGGAUUGGCUAUAGACCAUCGCUCUAAACGGCUCUAUUGGUCCGACAAGCAUCUGAAGAUCAUCCAGAGCGUCGACUUGGCCGGCGGCGAUCGACGCGUCGAGACGCCCGGCGGCGAUUUGGGCAAUCCCCACGGCCUCGCCAUCGGCAGGCAUUUGUAUUUUAUAGAAAUGAAUCGAGGCGCUAUCGUGGCGUUCGCCAAAUCGACGGGCUCUAGGAAGAUAUACGAGGCCAACAUGCCAUUGUACGAUGUCAAAUUGUACGAUGCCGACGCUCAAAAAGGCGAGAACGAUUGCGCAGUAUCGACUUGUCCGGAGUUGUGUCUACCCCUGCCCGAUCACCGAUCGAUAUGCGCCUGUCGCGACGGUUACACCUGGCGAAACGACGCCUGCGAAAAGGACGCCAACGUCACGACGCCCGCCUACUGCCCGUCGGACGCCUUCCAAUGCGUCCAAAAGAAGCACUGCAUACCGGACGCCUAUCUCUGCGACGGCGUCGACAAUUGCGGCGACGGUUCCGACGAGUCCGCCCUACCUGGAGGUCCCUGCGAGAACGUAUCCUGCGGCGAGAACCAGCUCAAGUGCGACAAGACGACGUGCAUAGCCAAACAUUGGGUGUGCGACGGCGAAAAGGACUGUUUGGACGGGGCCGACGAGGCGCCCGACACCUGUUCGCAGAUCUGCACGCAGGCGCAAUUCAAAUGCAAGAAAUCGAGACGUUGCAUACCGAUGGCUUGGCAUUGCGACAACGUGCACGAUUGUGGAUUCGACGAUCGCAGCGACGAAACCGAUUGCAAAACGGCGGCUUGCGAUGUGAACGAAUUCGCCUGCAAAAGCGGCCAGUGCAUCGCCUCUCAUUAUUACUGCGAUUCGGUACGCGAUUGCGACGACGGCUCCGACGAGGCGAAUUGCAUGCAAUGCGAUCCGGCCAACGAAGUGCCGUGCAAACCGCGUGAUGAAUGCUUACCGAGGACGGCGCGAUGCGAUGGGAAAACCGAUUGUCCCGAUGGUUCCGACGAAAAGGAUUGCGUAUCGAAGGUCGAGUGCGAGCUCGAUGAGUUUACUUGCUCGAAUUUCGAAUGCAUACCGAAGAUGUUCGUAUGCGAUUCCGAUUUCGACUGCGUGGACGGCUCCGACGAGAUGAAAUGCGAUCCAUCUAGAGUGAAAAACAACACGGCCGGAAUUAAAUAUACAACAUCGACGUGCGAUGCUCCGCACAAAUUGUGCGACAACAACACCAAAUGCAUCUCGCCGACGAAAUUGUGCGACAACAGACAAGACUGCGCCGACGGUUCGGACGAAAUCGAUCAAAUGUGUACAGAUCACAACAUGACCGAAUUCAAGUUGGCCUCGUCCUGCGAGUACCCGUCGAGGUUGUGCGACAACGGCACGAAAUGCAUCGGCGUCGAGAAAUUGUGCAACGAUCGAAACGAUUGCUCGGACGGCACCGACGAAGGGGCCCGAUGUUCGGACAUGCUCUGCGAACACAGUUUCGUCUGUUCGCACGAUUGUCGCAACGCCCCCGAAGGCCUCAUAUGCACCUGCCCAAAGAAUCUCCACCUACAAGCCGAUAAGGUCAAUUGCCUGGCGACCCAUCCGUGCGAGGCCUGGGGUACUUGCUCGCAACUGUGCGUACCGAGAGGUUCGCGCUUCAAGUGCACCUGCCAGGAGAACUACGUCCUGCAGGACGACGGGUUCACCUGCAAGAGCACCGACAACGGCAGGCCUUACGUGAUAUUCAGCAACAGGCACGAAUUGCGCGGCGUCGAUUUGCACACGUUCGGCCUCAAAUCGUUUAUAGCCAGCUUGAAGAAUACCAUCACAUUGGAUUUCUAUCAUUCCAACGACACCAACGUCAUCUUCUGGACGGACGUCAUCGACGAUAAGAUAUACAGGGGUACCGUCGUAGGUGGUUCCUUAGGUAACAUCGAAGUGGUGGUACAAACCGGUUUGUCUACAGCCGAAGGCCUAGCCGUCGAUUGGCUAGGGGAGAAUUUGUAUUGGGUGGAAAGUAAUUUGGAUCAAAUCGAAGUGGCCAAAUUGAACGGUAGCUUCAGAAGAACUUUGGUAGCCGGCGAUAUGGAGAGCCCCAGGGCUGUAGCCGUCGAUCCUAGAGACGGGUACCUGUUUUGGACCGAUUGGGAUAAUCAAUUGCCGCGCAUCGAGCGUUGCUCGCUGGCCGGACUCGAUCGCAAGAUCGUCGUGAAAGUGGACAACAACGGUUGGCCCAACGGCCUGACGUUAGAUUACACCAUCAGGCGCAUUUAUUGGAUCGACGCCCGUUCCGAUUCCAUUCACACAUCGAACUACGACGGGGGCGAUCGACGCGAGGUGAUGCGCAACCACGAGAUGCUCUCCCAUCCGUUCGCCAUCACCGUCUUCGAGAAUUUCGUCUAUUGGACGGAUUGGCGCACCAACAGCGUCGUCAGAGCGAACAAAUUCACCGGCGGUGAUGUUCGAGUGAUACAGCGGACGUUGUCGCAGCCGUUCGAUAUAAAAAUUUUGCAUCCGAGCAGACAGCCGAGGGACGAGCGGGGCAAUCCGUGCGGUUCGAACAACGGCGGUUGUUCGCAUUUGUGUUUGAUCCAUUCGAAUCGGACGUACAAGUGCGAUUGUCCGCACGUGAUGCGAUUGAGCGACGACGAUCGAACGUGCGUGGUCAACGAGAAGGUGUUUUUGAUCGCUAGAAAUAACGAGAUACGCGGUGUUGAUAUAUCAUCGCCUUAUUAUCACACGAUACCGACCAUAAGCAUGCCUCAAGUGUUGAGUCCCGUCCAAGUGGAGUAUUUGGCGAGGAAUAGCACGUUGUUUUGGGCCGAUUAUCACAUUAACGAGAUUAAACGGAGUAGUUUAACGCACGGACCGUCCGAAACGCUUUUAGACACCGGUUUGCAAAAUCCCACCGGAUUAGCGGUCGAUUGGAUAUCGGAAUUGCUGUUUAUAUCCUCCAAAGCCGGUAUAACGGUGACUAAUCUCAAAGGAGAAUACGUUUCAAACAUACUAAGCGACGUGAACGUUCUAUCGAUCGCCGUACACCCUUCGGAAGGUAAAUUGUACUGGAUAACACCCGAAGCAUUGGAGAUCAGCAACUCGGACGGUACCAACCGCACUAUCAUCUCCAAAAACGUAACGGUACACUCCAAAAGCCUCACCAUCGAUUACGCCUCGUCCACGUUGUACUGGAUAACCGAUUGGGACGUGUACGCGAGCGGUUUGAACGGCGGUUUACCGAGGAAAUUCGGUUUGAACAACGUCUCCGCCAUAGCCGUGUACGGCACCAGGUUGUACUACGCCGACGACGACGCCCAGACGGUGCGAAGCGUCGAUAAAUCGACCGGCGCCGACGAUUCCAUAUUGAGGAACGGUACCGGAGGCGUGCUGGCUUUGAGAAUAUACGAUCCCGACGAGCAGAAGGGUUCCCAUCCUUGCGGCGUCGCCAAAGGCGGUUGCCAGCACUUGUGUUUGCCCGUUUCGUCCUCCGAAUUUACUUGCAAAUGCGCCAUCGGUUACAACAAGGAUCCGAAGGACGCGUUCCGAUGCAUUGGAGAAGAGGAGUUUCUCUUCUAUUCGAUCAACUGGGAGCUACACGGUUUGUCUAUCGACGACAGGAACAGUACCACCGUGUUGGGACCCAUUUCGCGAGUGUCCAGCGCCACUACCAUCGAUUACCUAGCCGAUGAAGAUCUAUUAUUUUGGGCCGACAGCGACAGAGGUACCAUAACCCGAGUGAAACGCGACGGUACCGAUAGAAAGUACGUGCUCGAUCAGCCGGAGAUAUUGGAAAACGCCCCGUUGGAUUGGCUGACGGGCAUGGCGGUCGAUUGGAUAGCCAAAAACGUGUACUGGUGCGAUUCCAAGCGCGGUACCAUCGAAGUAGCCCGAUUGGACGGUACCAAACAGAACGUUUUGCUAUCGUACGAAAUCGGCAAACCGAAUUCUCUAGCCGUCGAUCCCGUUAAAGGUCUAUUAGCUUGGGCCGGUGGCGCUAAACUCGAAACUGCCGCUUUGGAUGGUUCUAACAGAAGAUUACUCAUCGACAAUGCUACAGCUAUAUCCGAUUUAGUUUUAGAUACUAAAAACGAACUGAUAUACUUCACCGAUAUACAAGCGAAUGUAAUCGAAAGGAUCGAUUAUAACGGUACGAAUCGAACCGUUGUAAUCAACCGAACGUUAGAAAACCCCAUCAGUGUGACUAUACUAGACGAUAAACUCUAUUGGCUGGAUACCACCUACGAAAAAGGCAGUAUAUCCGCGGUAAGCGUAUCGAAUACGUCGGAUUACAAAUUGUUGAUCAACAAUUUGGGCGAUUCCCUGCGCGAUAUCCACGUUUUUUCGAAGCGCAAACAGUACGGUACGAACCCAUGCGCAUCGAACAACGGCGGUUGCGAGCAAUUGUGCCUGUUCAACGGCACCCAUCCGGCGUGCGUCUGUUCGCACGGCCGUCUCGGCGCCGACGCCAAAUCGUGCGAACCGUUCGAGAGCUUCGUCAUGUAUUCGCGCGUGAUCAGCAUCGAUUCCAUACAAAUGGUCGGCGACAAGAACCUGCAGAACUCGCCGCACGCCGCCAUCAAGAAUUCCACCAUGCUGAAGAACGCCAUCGGUUUGUCGUUCAGCUACCGCCAUCGGCGGUUGUUCUAUUCGGACAUCCAAAAGGGCAGCAUAAACGCCGUGUACUUCAACGGUACCGAUCAUCGGGUGAUCGUCGAACGACAGGGUUCCGUGGAGGGUUUGGCGUACGAACAAAUCGGGAAUUCGUUGUAUUGGACGUGUAAUAACGACGCUACCGUGAAUAGGGUGAAUUUAACCGAUGGGAUGUCGAAUUCUUCGGCUGUCGAGACGAUAGUGCGAAUGCGCGCGCAAGACAAACCGCGCGGUAUAGCUGUAGACAGUUGCGGUAGUAGAGUAUACUGGUCGAAUUGGAACCCACAACAACCUACGAUAGAACGAGCUUUUCUCACCGGUUACGGCAGAGAGAGCAUCAUCAAAACCGACAUACGCAUGCCCAACGCCAUCACGUUGGACCACAAGGCGCAGAAAUUGUACUGGGGCGACGCCCGAUUGGACAAAAUCGAACGGUGCGAAUACGACGGCACCAAUCGAGUGGUACUAGCCAAAGUCACGCCCCAACACCCAUUCGCUUUAGCCGUUUACGGCGAUUUCAUCUACUGGACCGAUUGGAUGCUGCACGCCGUCAUCAGAGCGGACAAAUUCACCGGCCAGUACAUCGUACUGUUGCGUCGCGACGUCGCCCGUCCCAUGGGCGUCGUCGCCGUCGCCAACGACACCGAAGAUUGCUUCGCCAAUCCGUGUCUCGUCCAGAACGGUUUCUGCGAGGAACAAUGCGCCCUGUCGGCCGCCGGUCAGGUGGAGUGCUCCUGCGGCGAGGGCAGGACGUUGUCGGAGGGCGGCCGGUGUAGGGCCCGCGUCGUCGCCAAUUGCACCAACGACGGCGAUUCGUUUCGGUGCUCCGACGGCGGUUGCGUACCGUUCCAUUUGACCUGCGACGGUGUACCGCAUUGCGCCGAUAAAUCCGACGAGGAGCCGGGUUAUUGCGGGUACAGGACGUGCCCGUUGGGUUGGUUCCCGUGCAGGAAUAAAAUGUGCGUCGCUUUGAAUUCGACGUGUAACGGCGUCGACGAUUGCGGCGACGCCACCGACGAACAGGAUUGCUCCUGUCCCGAGGAGACUCACUUCAGAUGUAAGAACGGUGAAUGUUUGGACAUCGCCCAUCGCUGCGACAACGAGCCCGAUUGUCGCGACAAGAGCGACGAGAUCGGCUGCGAGAUGCCCGAUUGCGUCGAAAAACACGGCGCCGGUUUCGUCAAUUGCAAAUUCACCACGACGUGCAUCCACAAGGAUUGGUUCUGCGACGGCGACGACGAUUGUUGGGACAAUUCGGACGAGGAGAAUUGCACGACAACAGGCGUUCCGACGGCGUCCGUCGGUUGUCCCGACGGGAAGUUUCGGUGCUUGAACGGGGAUUGUAUCGAAGCGAGGGCGCGUUGCGACGGACGGGCGGAUUGCAAAGACGACGGCGUCGCGGGCGUCGCCUUCGACGAGCUCGAUUGCGAUCGAUGCGCUGCCGAUCGGUUCUAUUGCGAGGACGGUUCGAGUUGUUUGCCGAUGGGAUGGCGGUGUAAUGGAGUACCCGAUUGCGCCGAUCACAGCGAUGAAGAAAAUUGCGAGAUUCGCUGUCGCUCGGACCAAUUCCAAUGCUCUAACAAGGAGUGCGUGCCGAAAUCGUGGCAAUGCGACGGCAAUCCUGAUUGUUCGGAUCAAUCCGACGAGAGCCUGCAUUGUCAAACGACAGUCUGCGGUAAAUACGAAUUCCGCUGCAACACCACAGGCCGUUGCAUUCCUCUAUCGUGGGUCUGCGACGGCGAAGCCGAUUGCCAGGACAACGCCGACGAACACGUCCUACAAGGUUGCAAUUUCAUCAGCUGCAACACGAACCAAUUCCGAUGCGCCAACGGCCAAUGCAUCGGCGACAUUUACUAUUGCGACGGCGAUCGCGAUUGCAUCGACGGCUCCGACGAACCGGCGCGUUGCUACAAAACCGGCGACGUCGCGACGCCGACGACGACGUCUCCGGCUACGGCGCAGCCGCCUGACGAUGUUUACUGCAAAGGAGAGGGCUGGUUCCACUGCGACAACGGCGUGUGCAUCAACGAAACGUUGCUGUGCAACGGCGAGAACAAUUGCGGCGAUUUCUCCGACGAAUAUAAAUGCAGAAUCGACGAAUGCUCGGCGAAUCCGUCGCCGUGCGCGCAAAUAUGCAUCGACAAACCGGUGGGUUACGAAUGCAAAUGCAACGCAGGAUACACGAUCAGCAGGAAGGAUCCUCAUAGGUGCGAGGACGUCGACGAGUGCUCGGCGAAGAAGCCCUGCAGCCAGACGUGCACCAACACGUUGGGCUCCUAUCAUUGCGGUUGCGCUGCCAACUACACGCUGCGCUACGACAGGAUCUCCUGCAGGGCGGAUUCGCUCGUCAAAGUCUCGCUGAUCCUGGCCAAUCGGUACUACAUCAGAGAGUUGGAUUUGAACGGGCGCAGUACGCUGUUGGCGCACAAUUUAACGAACGCCGUCGCUUUGGAUUACGAUUGGCUGACGCAGUGCUUGUAUUGGUCGGACGUGACCCAAUUGGGAUCGUCGAUAAAGAGGUUGUGCGAUUACAAGGCGAACGGGACGCAGGCGGAGAUUUUGCAUUCGCCUUCGUUGCAGAAUCCUGACGGAUUGGCGGUGGAUUGGGUCGGCAGGAAUUUGUAUUGGUGCGAUAAGGGUUUGGAUACGAUAGAAGUGUCCAGUUUGGAUGGAAAGUACCGCAAAGUGUUGCAUUCGAAGGGUCUGGAAGAACCGAGGGCUAUAGCUUUGGAUCCUAUCAGGGGUUACUUGUAUUGGAGCGAUUGGGGUUCUCGAGUGCAUAUAGGAAAAGCUGGAAUGGACGGAUCGGAUCCCAAAGUGAUCAUCAAAUCGAACUUGGGCUGGCCGAACGCGUUGACCGUAUCGUACGAAACCCAAGAAUUGUUUUGGGCCGAUGCCAGAGAAGAUUACAUCGCUCUCUCAGAUUUGGACGGGAAUAAUAUCAGAAUAGUUGCCAGUAGAGAGCAGAAUCCCAAAUUACAAUUGCACCACGUGUUCGCCAUCGACGUGUGGGAGGACUACGUUUAUUGGACCGAUUGGGAAACAAAAACGGUCGAAAGGUGUAACAAAUACACGGGCGAGGAUUGCAAAUCGAUAUUAUCGACGCUACAUCGACCGAUGGACAUUCGAGUGGUCCAUCCGUUCAGACAACCCUCCGUCCCGAACAAUCCCUGUUUAAAGGCUAAUUGUUCCGCUUUGUGUCUGUUACAACCCACGCCGCCUUACUACACGUGCGCAUGUCCGGAGAAUUACAAUUUAAACGACGACAAGAGAUCGUGCGCCGCCAAUUGCACCACUGCACAUUUCGAAUGCAAGUCGAAUUUGAAGUGCAUACCGUUUUGGUGGAAAUGCGAUUCGCAAGACGAUUGCGGCGACGGAUCGGACGAACCGGCCGAUUGUCCGCCGUUCAAAUGCACGCCCGGUCAGUACCAGUGCAACAACGAACAUUGCAUACACCCCUCUGAUUUGUGCAACGGCAAAAACGAUUGCGGAGACAAUUCGGACGAGAACGAUUGCCGGCAUUACACCUGCCUCAAUACGCAAUUCAGGUGCGAAGGUAACGCGACGUUGCCGCCCCGCUGCGUCCCGUCGAAGCAACGUUGCAACAAACACGUCGACUGUCCGGGGGGCGAGGACGAGGCGAAUUGUCCGCCGGUCACGUGCCCGCCCAAUCAGUUCAAAUGCCACAACGACAAGUGCAUACCGGCCGUGUGGGUGUGCGACAAAGACAACGAUUGCACCGACAAUUCCGACGAGGAGCAGAACUGCGACGAGCGCACCUGCGGAUCGCAGCAUUUCAGAUGUAAUUCGGGAAGAUGCAUACCGCACUCGUGGCUGUGCGACGGCGAUCCGGACUGUUCCGAAGGCGAGGACGAACCCCCCACUUGCAGCCACCCCGACUAUCACACCUGCGAUCCCACCUACUUCCGAUGCGGCAACAACAAAUGCAUUCCGGGCCGAUGGCGAUGCGACUACGACAACGAUUGCGGCGACGGCACCGACGAGUCGGGCUGCGCCCCCAGGAAUUGCUCCGAAUCGGAGUUUCGAUGCGCCGACGGGCGGUGUUUGCGCGGCGACAUGAAAUGCGACGGGGUCUAUCAAUGCGAUGAUAAAUCGGACGAGAUCGAUUGUCACGUUCGAUGCAAAAACAACGAGUUCCGGUGCGCCAAUCCGGCCGUUUGCAUCUUCCUCACGUGGAAAUGCGACGGUGAAUCGGACUGUCCGGACGGUUCGGACGAGGCCAAUUGCUCGGACACCUGUCCGCACGACGGUUUCCGAUGCAGGAGCGGUCUCUGCGUUUACCAGCAGUGGCGCUGCGACGGCCAAAACGACUGCGACGACGGCUCCGACGAACAGAAUUGCUUCUCGAACGUUUGCCCGCCGGGACGGUUCCGGUGCAAGAACCACCGGUGCGUACCGACCAGCGCCCUCUGCGACGGCAAGAACCAAUGCGGCGAUAACAGCGACGAGGACAAGCACAUUUGCAGAAGGUACGGCCUGUGCCCGUCGAACCAAUUCGCCUGCAGGAGCGGCGGUCGCUGCGUGGAGGCGUCGCUGCGCUGCGACGGCGCCCAAGAUUGCGACGACGGCUCCGACGAGUCGGAUUGCUCGCGAUCGGCCUGCGCUUGGGACAGUUGCUCGCAGACGUGCGUCGAAGUGCGCAGGAACCGGACGGUGUGCAAAUGCCUGCCGGGUUACAGGCACGCCGCCGCCGGUCAUUGUCAGGCCGCCGGCGAUGCGGCCGAGCUCGUUUUGGCCGCCGAGGCGGAACUGAGGCUGAUGUCGCCCUACAAGAGCGGCGACGACGACGGCAAAUUGAGGAAAACUUUGGCGACGGCGCCGGGUUAUAAAGUAGACUCCGUCGAUAUACUGUCGAGCGGUAGACAGGCCGUAGCCUACUGGACCGAUCAUCAAUCGAAGCGAGUGCAAUCGAUCGUCAUUCACGUGGAUAAAGACGGUCGAUCUAACAGGGACGCCGACGUUCCCAAAACGAUAUUGUCCGAUUUGAGGGAUCCCAGAGGGAUCAGCGUCGAUUGGGUGGCUCGCAGGAUAUACCUAACCGACGGCGAUCGAUUAUUGGCCGCCACUUUAGACGGAAAUUACGUUUAUACUCUACUCAAAGGCGAUAUGCAACAACCCAGAGAUAUAGUCGUGGUGUCUGAUAAGGGGGUGUUGUUCUGGGUCGAUUGGGGCCCGAACGCUCGCAUCGAAACUGCCAACAUGGACGGCUACAAGCGUAGAAUACUCGUCAGUAAUGGUGUGUUAUGGCCGACUGGACUAGCCGUCGAUCAUGGUACCGAUCGUCUCUAUUGGGCCGAUCCCAAGACCUCUACAAUCGAAAGCGUCCUCUUCGACGGGUCCGAUCGAAGGCUCAUCAAGUACUUCGAAAACCCCGACGCGAGGCCGUACAAAAUCGACGUGUUCGAGGACAAUCUGUAUGUAGCGACGCACGACAAGCACGACAUACUGCGCAUGAACAAAUUCGGCAGAGGCAACGCCACCUAUUUAGUGCGCGGUCUCACCCGGAUCUCGGAUAUAUUGAUCUUGCAGGAGAACAAGCACGCCAAGAUGAACAACACCUGCUACGAUUAUUGCAACGACAGCGAGUUUUGUUUGUUGACGCCGAAGGGCGCCACUUGUACUUGCCCCGAUGGUUACGUCAAGGAUAAUUUGACUUGCAAAGCGGCCUCGUCGAGAGCCAACGAAUGCUACUUGAAUUGCCACACGGGCGCCUGUAAAAUUAUCCCGGGACAGGGUCCGAAGUGCGUCUGCCCGCCGCAGUACAAGGGCGUCAGAUGCGAGAUAUACAGGUGUUCGCAGUACUGCAAGAAUCACGGCAUGUGCUACGUGGAUUUGCUAUCGAGUUUAACAGUAGACUCGAAACCGCCUUUGAAGUGUAACUGUCCGCCCCAAUGGACGGGGCCCCGUUGCGAGACGCCUUUGGAUCUAUGCGAAGGAAGAUGUUUCAACGAAGGAACGUGCGUUACGUUGGAAACUGGAGCUCCACAUUGCUCCUGCAAACCAGGAUACACAGGAAAUCGGUGUCAAAAUUGCGAGAACCUUCAUUGCUUAAACGGGGGCGUUUGUUUAGCGCAAAACGGGAAAGAAAUUUGUUCUUGCCCGUCCGGUUACCGAGGCACCUCCUGCGAAUCGUCCUCCUGCGGUCCCUACGGCAAACCGGUAACCAACGGUACGAAGUGCGCCUGCUCGCCCGGUCGUUCGGGCGUCCAUUGCGAACGCGACGCCUGCGACGGCCAUUGUUUGAACGGCGGAACGUGCCGUCGCGGCGCCAAAUCGAUCGAUUGUCUCUGCGGCGAAUUGAACGCCGGCCGGCGCUGCGAAAUCGAUCUGUGCUCGGGCCGGUACCCGCCCGAGGGCUGCGCCGAUCGGUGUUCGUGUAAAAACGGCGGCGUUUGCGUGCGUCCCGACGACCAGUCCGACGACGUCGUUUGUCAAUGUCUCGAAAUGUACUACGGGUACACUUGCGAUAAAUAUCUGUUGAGUCCCAAUCCGUGCAUGAACCGGUGCUUGAACGGUGGAGUUUGCGUACUGCCCGAUCCGGAUCGACCGCCGAUUUGUCAUUGUACAAGAAGUUGGACGGGGGAGAAAUGCGAACGGUUGAAAUCCUGCGAGAAUUAUUGCUCGAACGAGGGCGUUUGUACCGUCGUCGACGAACAACCACGUUGUGUCUGCCCCGAAGGCUUUACUGGGAUCAGGUGCGAAUCGGCUAGCGUGAACGGGGAGGAAAGAAGCAGCAGGAGUGAAGUGGUGGUGCCGGUUCUUUCCGGCAUCGGAGUCGUGAUAAUCCUGCUGAUUAUCGGAUUUUUGGUGUUCGAAUACGCCUUUAAGAAGAGGACGGCGACUUUUUCGCACGAGCGAUUGCACGAGAACGAUUUCAGCAAUCCCAUUUACCAGGAGAGGGACGCCGAGCCGUUUACUUUGGAUUCUGAUAAAUCGGGCAAUUUCGCGAAUCCCGUCUACGAAUCGGUCUACAAUGGUUCCGGUAGCGUGAAAGAAGAGAAAGCGGUUCUAUUAGAGCACGAUGUAGAUGAAGCCGUGAGGCCUCAAACCGAGGAGAUUUGAGGCUCUCGUUUCGAAAGGUGAGGCGUCAAUUACGCUUCGUUUUGAUAGAUAUUAUUUAAAUAGGAUUAAAUUAAUUGCUGUGACUCGUGCCAUGUCGUUCAGGUGGUUAGUAAUUUGGUUAUUUUUUUUAUUAUUAUUUUUAUACCCUGUUAGUAACGAGAAAAUUGUAAUUGUUCGGGGUAUAUAAUGGAUAAGUAACAAAUCAUACGUCCUUGUAAAUAAUCGUGACUGAUGUUUAGAUAUUAUUAUUAUUAUUAUUUAGAUAUUUUAUACACUAAUAAUUGCGAAACUAUACCGGGUGUACUGUUGACUACUCUGACCUAUUUACAGUUAAAAUUGGGACGCCCUGUGUAGUUUUUUUUGUAUUUGCGUAUUACAAAUGGUUGUGUAUAUGUUGAUUAGUUUGGAAAUUCGAGAAUUAGGAUCAUUCUGUAUAUAAAAAUUGGAAUAUGAAUCGUAUUUUCAAACGGAAAUUUUUAGGGCAGCUAUUUAGGUGAUUUUCUAAACGAUUUGUUCAUUUAAUUGCUCAAACAAUAAUACUCAAAUUAUACCGAUUUUUUUUUAUUUUCUUUGUUCGUUUAAUGCUCAAAGAUUUUUUUACUUUUAUAAUGAAUGGUGCUGUUUCACUUAUUACUCGACUCAAAAAAAGAAAGGAAUAUUAUUAGUUUUAAAAUAAGUUUAGAGUGUAAUGUUUUAUAUUACCUGAUCUGUUUUCGUAUUUAUAUAAAUUGAAUAAAUGUAUGUAAAAAAAUUUUGAAAAGGUUAUAUUUAUUCCGAGUUUCCGGACCUGCAUAUGAAAGACCGCAAGUUUCCGUCACUUUUUUGUUCCGUGAAUCUGUCAUAGUUAGUCUAUGUCAAGUUCUGUCCUUUUGAUUCAAAAUUCCCGUCACGUUCAUCAAAUUUAUCCCGUAAAAACAACUCGUUCGAAAUAUAUUUCAAAAAUGCAAAAUUGCUGUUUCUGCUUACCCAAAAUCUUCAAUUUCCUGCCGCCGUUGCCCGACCUCCAGGAGUACCAGCACCCGCCGUUCCUCUUCACCUUGUGGUACCUGAUGCUCGGCAUCGAUAAAAUAGCGCAAGUCAUCGAUGAUUUAGUGAACGGCGAAGGCGGCGAUGAGGAAGAAUAGCGCGCUAAUUUUUUCAAACUGGUGAAAAUGUUUCUGCCAAUUAUUUGUAUGUCCGAUACGAAGAAUCGUCCGGAGAGUGAACUGAUUGAUCCGCCGCCAUUUUGAACGAGGAACCGCCAUCUUGAAUAAACCCAUUGUAGAUGAAAUAAAUAAAAAAGUGCGCCCAAGUUUUUGUUUGUUUAUUUAUUAGUACUAAGAGAACUUUAACGCUUUAUGUAGAAAACUAGCGUUAUUUUUUUGUCAUGUCGUUAUCGGUAUUCGUGUUUUGCAUUAAUUUUUGCUUUUUACUAAAAGGUCGACGGAGAAGCAGGUCACUAACUCCUUUAAUUCGUUGACCAUCGAAAAUAUCACCGUAAACUCGAUCUAGAACAGAUUUAUUCAUUAAGUAAAUUACUAAAAAUGACGGGAACUGAUUAGCAUAGAAACAGUAUUUACUUACCUUCGGGAAAAAGCUAUAAACCUGCAACUUAUAAAUAUAAUCGAUAGUUUCUCCUGCAACAACUGGACACACGGUGUUCAAGAUCCCCUCGCAACCAUCCUGUUGAUUAGGCGGUACAGGUACCACCGCUCCGAGCGCGAUUACUGUUAUAUUCGGCUUCAAACUUUCGAAAUAAAU